UAUAGCACAUUUCAACAGUCGGGCUUGCAGUAGGACAGCAGGAUCCCAGUGGAGAUUGAGUAAGUCUCCUUUACCCAGAGGUGUGAAUUCACCCAUCCCGGUGAGACAUCCCAUUGCAAAUUCCAGUAGAUAACUCCUUUCCCAGGACCAUGGCCAAUAGCGAGCGCACCUUCAUUGCCAUCAAGCCCGAUGGAGUCCAGCGCGGCCUUGUGGGAGAGAUCAUCAAGCGUUUUGAGCAGAAGGGAUUCCGCCUUGUUGCCAUGAAAUUCAUGCAGGCUUCUGAAGACCUUCUCAAGGAGCACUAUAUUGACCUGAAGGACCGUCCAUUCUUUGCUGGCCUGGUGAAAUACAUGCACUCAGGGCCAGUGGUUGCCAUGGUCUGGGAGGGGCUGAAUGUUGUGAAGACAGGUCGAGUGAUGCUUGGGGAGACCAACCCUGUGGACUCCAAGCCUGGGACCAUCCGUGGGGACUUCUGCAUCCAAGUUGGCAGGAACAUUAUCCAUGGCAGUGACUCUGUGGAGAGUGCAGAGAAGGAGAUUGGCUUGUGGUUUCACCCUGAGGAACUGGUGAAUUACAAGAGCUGUGCUCAGAACUGGAUCUACGAGUGACAUGGAAGCAGACCACAGUGCUUGUCCCACCCCACUUCCCCUCCCUCUCAUGGGCAGGGGCCAGGUCAUAGCAAAUCUAGUUAUCUCUGAGAACUUGCUUUUCAUCUGGAGGGAAACUCUUGGAGCUGUGGAUGCUCCCUGAACAGUGUUAUGUGCUAUCAUCAGAUUAAAAUGUCUCAUCUCAAGGAAGGAGUCAUUGAGUAAGGUA